UUUAAUCUCACUUUCCUGCUUCCAUCUGCUCCCACCCGCUCCUUUGCGCCUAUCCCUCCGAAUCUCCAAAAAGCGGAGACACCCAUCCCUACGCUGCGGAAUCAGCCAUUGCAGCUUUUCCUUGUUUUUUUUUUUAGUGUUUAAUAUUUUUUUCUUUUCAUUGCCACAAGGCACCCCUUCAUCCCGCUGCUUUCCGUGGUGUAACAAAAAAAAAAUUCCUUUGUGUUGCCUUCGCUUGCACAAGUAGCCCACAGACCCCUCCCCAUCUACAAACAAGUUACAUCUCUUAUUUUUUUUUAAAAAAAAAGGCGCUCACGGACAACCGCAUUUUCGUACCCUGCAUUAUUAAGCACAACAUGGAUUCAUACAGUACAAGCAGCUCCGGCACCCGAAUGGCGGCCCUUCGCAAUCUUCAACCCCGGGCGGCCGCAGCAAGAGACUUUAAUGACAGCGACGAAGAGGAGACCCAUCAGCUGAGCUCAGACUACAAAGCCCAGCGCAAGACCGAGAAGGAUCUCAUUGAUUUCUUCAAGAACGGACCGCCUCCACCUCAGCCGGCUCCUAUUUUGCCCCCAAUAGUGGUCGACGAUAAAAAGAAGCGCACGUUGCUGCAGCGGCUGAGGGCUCGCAAGACCAGCUUCAGUGUGGGCCGCGACUCUCCAAACAGGAGCAGCGAGCUUGAGCCUUCAUUACUAGGCAGCACCAGCUCUAUCAGCACUUCAAGCCGGGGCAGCGAGGUCGCGACGCUUCCCAAUGGGAAGAAGUACAUCAUGAUCGCAGUUGAUUACAAGGAUAAGGACGUGGGUGCAGUAGGAGGCACAGUCGUGACAGGAUCUACUGCGCUUCCUGGUCGACCGUCGACCACGGCAUCACCGCCCAAGCGUGUGAGUACGAACAGCAUGGGCGGUGAAGGACCGGGAUCUAACCGGGGUUCGAUUUUGAGUAACAACCCUAAUAUCCAGGUGACGACAACUAUUCAAGACGAUGGUGACAUCGACGACAAUAGCAACAAUAAGAGCAAUAGGUCCAGCUAUGGUGCAGACAAGCGUCGAUCCAUCGUCAUCCAAGCCGGUGGCGGCGAGGGAUCCUCUUUCAUCUUGGAUAGCACACCCUUCUUGCUCGAUAACUUUGCACUGGACACGGGCUUUAUCACGCCAUCCACAGGUGUGGAACCGAUUCAGGGACGUCAACCACCGAAUAGGCAGUCCGCCUCAAGUGUCCCUCGUACCACGGGCUCCCCCAAGGCUAUGCAGGGUUCCGAGAAUGUACCGAAGCGAGCCAACAAGGUGACUUUUAAUAUUGGGGACCAACAACAACAACAUCAACAGCAUCAACAUCAACAUCAACAUCAACAACAGCAUCAACAACAGCAUCAUCAACAACAACAACAGCAGCAAUCACUAAUAGACGAAGAAGCAAUCUCCCUGGCAUUAUCGGAUCGCAUCGCCAAUCACAAGGCACAUAUGGCCAAGGGCAUGCUUACGGACGAGACUGCCGGUGUUGGUGCAAAGGAUCUCUAUGCACAAGAAAAGUUCAAGGCCCCGGAGGUUACAUUGCCAAAGCCGAUCUCACGCAAGAAGGUGCGCCAUGUCCAGAUCCAGACACAGCAUUGUAUAAUGCGACCGAUGUACACACAAACAGAGCCCAGGGACUUGUUCGGACAAGAUCUCAAGCUCAAGGAAUUCGGAACACAGACCGGGUUCGUGGAUAGUGCCACCGGCACCGCGGAAGCCGGCACGUCCACGGAAACGGAUUCCAUAGCCGCGUCCUCCACGAUCACGGUCGGGACGAGCUCUCUUACGAGGUCGGAGCAAGAGGAACUGGCGCAACUGCGUCAGCAGAAUGCAGCCCUGCAGGCCCGGGUUGCAUCGCUCGAACGAGACCUGGCGGCGGAGACACGGGCACGGACGCGCACGGCGGUGGCGAUGCAGGACACGCGCGACAAGUUCGAGAUGCUCUCGGCGAUGGCGUACAAGAAGCUGAAGGAGAUGAUUUUCCAGCGCCAUGUGCUGGAGAUGGAGGUGCGGGAACUGCGCGGGGUGCAGGUGGAGAUGAAGACGGAGGACGGAGAGAUGUAUAACCCACAGCCGUCGAAGCAGGACUACAUCACUGUGGGACUUCAUUGAAACGUUUGCAUAUACACACACACAACAUAUAUAUAUCAAUAUUGGUUGUUUUUUUUUUUUUUGUUUCCAUAGCGAACACUUGUACAUAAGUAAAGCAUAACUAAAG